AACCGCUGGUGGUGGAUGGACGAUGCUUCAGAACCGAGAUAGCGGCAACGUUAGGUUUUAUCGUGACUGGACCGAGUACAAAACUGGAUUUGGGAAUCUGUACGGGGAGUUUUGGUUGGGAUUGGAGAAUAUUCAUCUUUUGACGACCCAAGAUGAAUAUCAGUUUCGAGUUUGGCUCUCGAUGGAUUCUUACUGGACAUACGCUAUGUACGAUAGUUUUCAUGUAUCUGACGAGAAUGACAAUUACACCUUGACGAUUGGUACAUUUACCGGUUCCACAAAAGCAGGUGACUCGAUGAUAAGAGAGCACAAUGGAAUGCCAUGGUCAACGUAUGACAAUGACAACGACAAUGCCAAUGGCAACUGCGCAGUGAUCUACCAUGGAGCGUGGUGGUACAACGAUUGCCAAACCUCCAACUUAAACGGGCCCUAUCGGACGAACGGAUACCUGGGUAGUGAUGAAAAAGGGAUAACUUGGGAAAGUUGGACCGAAAAUCAUGAGUCAUUGAUGAAAGUUAACAUGAAAAUAAGACCACUGAGUGCCGGUAAUUAA